AUGUUUCCCACUAAUCAUAAAACGAUUUUCGUAUUGGAUCAUACCCCUUACUUUGGUAUUUCUUCGGAUUAUCCGAUAGAUUUCGAUGUGUCGAAAAGUAGAGGUCCUGGGUAUGUACCAUUACCUCCAAUUUGCAAAUCUUUAUGGACGUGCAGUGUAGAAGCGGCUGUCGAGUACUGUCGUGUUGUAUGGGACUUGUUUCCGGAAGGAAAAUUGGUAAGAUUCAUAGUAAGUGACGCUGCUGCUCAUAUUUUAAAUACAUGGGCUGUAGCACAACAAAAUUUAACUCAUAUUCUAAAUGGAUUGUGCCUAGUAGGUCCUGUUAGAAGAGGCGCAGGUGGAGAUGUUGUUGGUCUCUGUGCUGCUAUAGAGUCCCUAGCUGAGCCAUCUCCAACACAAUCAUCUCGACCCCCUACAGAAAGUCAUUUUCAAAAUCGGGGACGUAUUAUAUGCAUAACAAGUGCAAGAGAUGAUGAUUCAAUCAGGAGCCUUGCUGAGAUUGCAAUGAAUACUUUGGUCCAACAAAAUAAGAAGGCAUCUGCUAUACAACCUCCUACCACAACAGAUGCAUCAACAAGUACACAGUCUCUGGUUGUCCACUACUGUCACUUAGUUAUAAUAAACGUUACACCAGAAAAAGCAGAAACAAGAGUCAAUAACCAACCAUUAACUGAGAUGGGAGGAGGACUGAUGGGAGUUGAAGUUAUAGUAUGUAGAGCAAGUUCUUUAGCUAAUCUAUUAGGAAAGUUAGUUCUACCUCACUACAGACUUGCAGUAACCACUGUUACUGGGAUUCCUAUGAAGGAGGAACAAAAUGCAAGUUCUAGUGCGAAUUACGAUGUAGAUAUUAUACAUUCCGCUGAAGCACACGCUGGAUUAAGGGCUUCACAGACGGCCGCUGAAGCUAAUGAAUCAGUGGUACUGCGCUGGUGGACUCCGCGCGGUGCGGAGGGCGGCGCGGGCGGUUGCAACGGGCCUCUGUGGCGUGUCACGCCAGCUGACGUAGCGUCACGUCCCUCUGCGUGUCUCGUUAACUUCUUGCUUAAUGGACGGUCUGUCACUCUUGAGGUGCCCACAAGAAAAGCUGGCUGCAGAUCAGCGUCUCACGUGCUAGCGGCACAAGGAGGUGAACUAUGGAUCGGUGCUUUGGGGGGUAGGACCCCGUAUGAUGAUCCACCAGCACUGUCUGAAGGUGCCGGUGGCAGAGUUACUGAUUAUAGGAUAAAAGAAUUUGGAGCUCUUAUGCAACAAAAUAAAGUACAUCCACUGAGAGGGACCGGCGCAAACGCACGAGCUCGCACCAAGUUACAAAGACACACUACAUAUUGGCCACUUACUAUAUCUUCGACGCUUAUAUUCAAUUUAGGAUCUGUAAUGGAACCCUUAACUAGACUGGUAGUGCAGGAAUCUCUGACUGAAGACGAAGUAGAUUCAUGUCGUGGUGUUCUGCUAUCGCUUCUCGGGAUGGAGUCACGCCAUGAGUUCCCCACCGCGCAGCUACCCUCUAAUUUAAGAGGGAAAUCAAGUGGUAGACGAGAAGAGCAAUGGCGUCAAGUGUGGGGUGAACUAGAGGCUUUGAUUCGAGCGCAUUCCGCGUCGCCUGCGCAUCGCGCUUUAUUGCGCACUCUACUAGAAUGCCGGUCACACAAUCACUCAGCUGAAGGUGAAUCAUCAAGGGCAACUGUCAUCCGUGCGACCACAGACUCUCCAUUAUCCCCGGUAGGAGCUGGAAACGGAAAUAGCAAUGACGUAUGGGCACCUAGAAAUGCCCUUGAUGCACUUCUUGGAGCACCCAGACCACCACGCAGACCGGACUUCGCAGGGCGAAUGGCGGCCGGUAGCAGACCAGCGACCCUUUACUCCCAUUUACAGCAAGACGUCGAGGCACAAAAUUAA